UAAUUCAUAAUCGUACUCCCGUCGCUGUCGAUGAUGUAGUCUUCCUGUCCACCAUCGAUGGUUCUCUUCGAGCAGUGGAGCCUCAUAGUGGAGUGGUAAAAUGGACGUUGAAAGGAGGAAGUAAACGAGAUGUAUGGUUGGAGAUUGAUCCAGAAACAGGCACGAAACUUCAUGAGCUGUCAUUAUCACAUACAGAUCGUCAUUGUCCUUUGAACAAAAACAGCAGUGUUUUCAUUGGAAGGUCUGAGUAUAAAUUAACAAUGUUUGAUCCGGAAAACCAAAAACGACGGUGGAAUGCAACAUUCACGGAUUAUUCAAGUCAUUUAUUACCGACCGAUUCGUCAUACCGGUAUCAGCAUUUUGCAAGUACCAUGGCUGGUCGUGUUGUAACAGUGAAUAAGGAUGACGGGAAAGUUGUUUGGGAAACGGAUGCA